AUGGUCCGCUACGCUGCUGAGCACCUAGAGCCCGCCAAGAGCGCUCGCGGUAUGAGAACGAUGUCUCUGGAGGAUGCGCGAAUGGUAUGCUGAUGAAGUAUUGAAUACAGCUCGCGGCUCCUACCUCCGUGUCUCCUUCAAGAACACCCGCGAGACUGCGCAGGCCAUCAACGGAUGGAAGCUCGAGCGCGCCGUCCGCUACCUCGAGAACGUCCAGACCAAGAGCGAGGCCGUCCCAAUGAGGAGAUAUGCCGGGAGCACUGGCCGUACUGCCCAAGGUACGUAGCCCAUCGUAGGGAUGCGGCGCCAUGUGCGAGGAUGCAUUGGAGGACGCAAUAAGGAUACAAUAUACUGAGAGAUGUGUCAUCACAGGCAAGCAAUUCGGUGUCUCCAAGGCCCGCUGGCCUGUCAAGUCCGCCGAGUUCCUCCUGAGCCUGCUCAAGAACGCAGAGGCCAACGCCGACACCAAGGGUCUUGACACCAGCAACCUGAUUGUCAAGCACAUCCAGGUCAACCAGGCUCCCAAGCAGCGGAGACGUACAUACCGUGCCCACGGUCGUGUAAGUCGUCAAUACUCGUAAUCAACUUGAAUGUGCUAAUCUUUCUCUAGAUCAACCCAUACAUGUCCAACCCUUGCCACAUCGAGAUGAUCCUCACCGAGGGCGAGGAGGUCGUUCAAAAGGCACCAGAGGCUGUCGCUCGCGCCACCGGCAAGAGCUCCCACCUGAACUCGCGCCAACGUGCCCAGCGCUCCCGCAAGUUCCUCACUCUUACUCCAUCCCAGUAG